AAGCUUUGCUCAUUUGAGGGCGGCAGAGAGCAACGUGUCAGUAAUGGCUUGAUUCAAUAGCAAGCACCAAAGCACAACGGUCAAGCACUAAUGUUGUUCAAAUUUACUGAAUAAGAUCGUUGUAAUAUACAAGAAGAAGGCGAGUUGAAACAAAUGCCACUGAAGCUAAAUCUACUUGGUCUCAUAUUUUGCUGUUUUUUUGUGAUCUCAUACUUCACGAAUAAGUAUGUCCUGUCUGUCUUGAAAUUCACGUUUCCCACUGUAUUUCAGGGAUGGCAGACCUUCGUUGGGGGCUUGCUGCUCCUGGUUUCUGGAAAGCUUGGAUUGGUUGAAAUAGCUAGUUUUUCCAGAUCUGCUGCUCUUUCCUGGUUUCCUGGUUCUCUGCUGUUUGUUGGGAAGAUAUAUGCUGGAUCGAGAGCUUUGUCAGAUUUGCCCAUCCCCUUUUUUUUCACUCUGCAUAACGCCUCAGAAUUUGUGGCCCUCCUGACCUGGAAGCUGACACAUAGGGAGCGAACAUCUUGGAUAAAGCUCUUCAGCGUUGGCCUGCUGCUGGUGUCUGCUGUUAGCCUCCCCCUCUGUGACCCACAGUUUAAUCUUGGGGGAUACAUGUGGGCUGCAGUUCAUUUCUCCUGUGUCGGAGGCUACAGAGUUCUUCAGAAAUCCAGCCACCUAAGUGACCUUGAACAGCAGUACAUCAACUACUUAUUCAGUGUUCUGCUUUUGGCCUUUGCAGCUCAUCCUACAGGUGACCUGUUUGGUGCCUUGGAAUUCCCCUUUCUUCUCUCUUAUAAGUUCCACAGUGGCUGCUGUGCAAGUGCACUGCUGGGCUUCCUUCUGCUCUUGGCCAUGAUCAAGCUUAAGAGCAGCCUCCCUUCAGAACAUUAUGGACCCUGGGUCUUUAUUGCCAAGGUCCUGGCUGCUUGCUUGUCCCCAUUUGUGUUUGAAAUUGUUGUGAACAUGCCAACAAUUGUUUGCCUCCUGCUCAGCAACUGUGGAGAAGCCCUGCUGGUGUACUCAGAGCACAGUGGCCCUGAGAGAUGAGGCCCAGUCAGUGUGUGGAGGAAAAAAAAAACUGCACCAUUUUGGUUACAUUCAAGGGAAGAAAAAAUGAACCAGUUAGAGUGCUGAAUACAGACCAGAGGCUCUCAUAAACUGCACUUCAUAUGGAAUUAGGAGAGAGCUUUUUAGACGGUCCCUUACAAUAUAAUGAAUACAACUCUAGUUUGGAUUUUACAGGGUAUAGGCUUAUGUCAGGCAGCCUAGGGAUAAUCAUCAUCAAAGCCUCUCUUCAAAAUAUUUUUCCAAAAAAGCAGGCCAAGUCCAGGUUAAACAGACCAUUCACCUAAUAGCUUAUGAAAUAUUUAAAACCAAAAUGCGGAUCUGGUUAUCUAGGUAAGCAAAAUAAAAAUAAGUGCAAGGAAUUAACUUAACUCAUGUUUAAUAUACUUCUUAACUGCAUACUUUUAUGAUGACUGGAUAAGGUAACUGUUGAAUUUUUAAUUUCCUUUGACACAGUCAUGGGAGAACCACACUUUAACACAGAAAAUUACAUUGUCAUAAUUUAUGCUUGUUUAUUCAAACGAGAAAACCAAACACUGUGACCAAAUUAGAGGUGCUGUUGUAGCGUAUUUCCUUUUUUACUCAUCUGCUUUUCCCAGUCUAAAUUCUCCACUGGGUUAUGUACAGGCUUAUUCAUAUAAUUUUAAAGUCACCUGCUAUUAUUCAGAACUUUGACAAACAAGCUCUAAAUAUAACACAAUGACAAACAUACUUUGUUGUAUGUAAAUAAUAGGUCUAAAUCGCAUGUGGUAAAUAUUUAAAGCUUUAUGAAUACACCCAGCUUCUGAACUGACCAGAAAUGCAGUCUCCGUUAACAGAGUGAAUUGUACGUUAAUCUUCACUGUAUUAGCCUUAAACAAUAAAGAUAUUUUCUACCUUUCUAUGAGAA